UAGAAAUAAGUCGGGCCGAAGGAAAAUGGGUGUUUGGUGUAAAUCGGGGGUGUAAUGCUGCCAUAUAUCACGCUAUCUCGUAAAACCGACACUGAAGAGUCUCGGCCAACAAAUCACCAGACAAAAUUAUGAGUUCGUCGUAUUAUGUGAAUGCUCUUUUUCCCAAAUAUACGGCGGGGACAUCCGUUUUCCAGAACACGAGUGGCUUUACUGAAGCAACUUCUUGUGCCUUUGCCGCGAACUCUCAAAGAUCGAGCUAUGGAGCGAGCGCGAGCGCCUUCCCAACCCCGAUGGCCGGGUUGUACAAUGUUAACAGUGCAAUCUAUCACGGCCCUUCCAUGUACAACACGGGUUAUAACCUAAAUUCAGAUUCCUACAACCUGCGCUGCUCUGCCUUAGACCAGAACAUUCCAGUACUUUGCAGCGAUCUGAGCAAACAGGGUUGCGAAAAAUUGGACCAGACAAGCGUGCACCCUCAAGCAGAGAGCAAUUUCCGGAUUUACCCCUGGAUGAGGAAUGCAGGCCCGGACAGAAAGCGAGGUCGGCAAACCUACACCCGCUACCAGACCCUGGAACUGGAGAAAGAAUUUCACUUUAACCGCUAUCUGACUCGCAGGCGGCGGAUCGAAAUCGCACACGCUCUGUGUCUGACUGAGAGGCAGAUCAAAAUCUGGUUCCAGAACAGGAGGAUGAAGUGGAAAAAGGAAACCAAAGCUGGCAGCUCUAGCACCACAACCGAGGAGAAACAGGAAUGAAACAUCCAUCUGAAGCUUGAACUGUGCGAAUGUACAAAGCUGUUUCCCAACAGCUAACAAUGACAUUUAACUACCUAGCCACAGUCGUGGACUAUUAAAAAGAUGUUGUGCGUUGGCACUCAUUAUACUACCUAUAUGUUUCAAUAAUCUUCUGAAAUAAAUAAUAAUUUUUCAUUC